AGAGAUGGUUUCCGUUCAACGCAACCCACCCUUUUCCCAUAAAUAUACACAGUUCAUUUCAUUCAUCUUAUUCACUUCUAUCUUAGAUCGAUCCAAGAAAUAGAGAGAUGAGUCAUCAACCCAAUCAGGAGAAAGUGUUCAGCUGUGGGCUUGAAUUAGCGGGUGUGGUUUUGACUUCUGAUCUUCCUCAGCGUUCUUUGCAAGCUAUUCAAAAACUAAAAGAUGAUCCCACUAAGAAGAACAUAAGGGCAUCGUCAUCACUGUUCUCUCUGGCUUACAAAGCCGAUGAUGAUGAUCAAAACAAGUGCCAAAUCAUAGCUUUUGGCUGCGAAUUUGAAAGAGUAUCAUCAGUUCUCUCCCCGACUUUGGCACAUGGUUCCCCUGAGUUCAAUUUCCUUGAAACUAUAGAUAACCCUUUUUCAAUCAACGAAGAAGCCCUAGCACUCUUCCGCUCCCUCCUUCAAGAUCCGGACCUCUUCCAGGAAUGGAAGAACCCAUCGAAGCCACUGAUUGUAACGGGACACUCUGUAGGAGGAUGGGUAGCAUCCCUCUUCUGCUUAUGGCUACUUGAGAACAUCAAUAAAAAAACCAGUAACAUCCCCAUCUGCAUCACCUUCGGAUCUCCACUUCUCGGCGACGAUGGCCUCCGCAAAGCCAUUCACAAUCACCCUGGAUGGAAUUCUCGGUUCCUACACGUCGUCUGCGAUGGCGACCUCAUCCCUCGUACCUUCCUCUCAUCCACCACCACCAACAACAUAUACAACUACAAGCCUUUCGGCACAUUCCUCAUGUGUUCUCAAUCGGGUUCUGCUUGUUUCGAUGACCCUGAUUCAGUUCUCAGUCUGUUGGCAGCUACGGGUUGGUCUCAGUUGCCUAGCCUCAUGGAUUAUAAGAAGCUAUUGGAAGACCUAACCCAUCAGAUGAUUGUCUCCAAAGGAGCUUCGCAGUUAUCUGCAUUGAGAGGCGAUCCACUUCGAGCCGGAAUAAUUCUUCAAGUGGAUGCAAUUGGAGAUAAAAGAAUGCAGGAGGACGACAAGGAAGACACUUUGAUUACAGCCAUAGAGAAACGAGAAAGAAUGAAUUACCAAGAACACAAGAAGCGCAUCUCCGAGGCUGAAAAGAAACUGAAUGACAUGAAGAUGAACAUGGCCAAUCUAGAAUGGUACAAGAAGAUCUCCUCCUCUCGGACCUCUCCUGAGGUGCCCAUGGGCUAUUAUGACUGCUACAAGAGCAAGCCCUUCCCAAGGGACAUACACGCAGUAAAGUUCAAGAAACACCUCACCAAAUAUUGGGAAGAUGUUGUAGACGAAGCACAGAGGAAACCCCGGAAGCAAGGGGAUGCUGCCAUGGGGACACGUCUGCUCUUUGGAGGAACAAACUAUAGGAGAAUGGUUGAACCUCUUCACAUAGCCGACUAUUACAAGGCAGGCAAGAGAAAUUACUGUACCAAAGGGCGGCCAAAGCAUUAUAAAUUGUUGCAGGAAUGGCAGGAAGAGGAAGAGAUUUUUGUAGGGCAUAAGAAGUCGUCAAACACAAGGGAGAAGGCUGCAACUUUAACUGAGGAUUCUUGCUUUUGGGCAAAUGUGGAGGAAGCUAUGAUUUUGAACAAAUCACUGAAGAAUGGAGAAGCUGUUGGGGGGCCAGAAGAAUCACCGAUAGAAAAGCUAAAGAAAUUUGAGGAUUAUGUGAUGGAAUUGAUAAACAACUUGGUGGUGUCUCCAGAGAUUUUCUUGGAGAGUACCUUCAUGCAAUGGUGGAAUGAGUAUGAGAAAAUUCCUGAACGUACUCAUAGAUCCUCGCUAGCUAAGUUCAUGGAGAGUAAAAGUUAUCAAAAGUAUAUCUAAUUAUCCAUCAUGUAUUACUCUCAUCUUCAUUGUUAGCCUUCUUAGUCCAGCUUUUCUGUAAACAAGUUUUACAAUAUUCCUUUACCAAAUAAUAGUUUUAUAAUAUUCCAAAAGUUUGUCA